AUGAUGAAAAUGAUGACGACGACGAGAGGAAGAAGAGGAAAAGGAAUGUUGAAAUCAUCAUCAUCAGAAGAGUCGUCGAAAGUUGCGAUUGAAGACGACGACGACGACGACGACGACGACUUUUUACAGUUUCUGGAAGACUCCAUGGAAGUCGCGGCUGGGGAGAAAAGAGAUGACGAUUGGAUCGGCGAACCAGGCUCGGCCAUGCGAGGCGAAGAGUUGAGGAAGUUAGUGUUGAAACGAUACGGAAAGUUGUACGACACGAGAAUUUGUCAGAGACGAGAUUCGAUGAAUAAGUUGCAGUUGUUUUUACAAAUAAUGUGGAAGUUUGUCGGACAGAAGAGUUUUCCGAUGACGGAGGCGGAAUACAUCGAACAAACCGACGCGGUGGCGGAAAUAUUGACCAUGAAGAAUAGGCAGGAUUUAGUACGCGCGAACUUACCGAUUUGGCCAAAAUGGCCGAAGAUGGAUACCACGGGAGCAAACGCGGUCAUGAUUCCUUUGGACAUCGACGAAGAGGAUCUAACCAUUGACGGCGAAUAA